AUGGGCUGCCACCAGAGCAAGCUGGCGAUGCAUGAGGAGCUGGCCGAGGAGCGCGCAAAUGCGAGCGGGAACGCAACAGCGAGCGCAAACACUGCAACCAAGAACACUGACACCAAACAACAAGAGCCAUUGCUCCCCGUGUUGUGGGAUGGUGUGUCGCGAUCAAAACGUGGCCAGUGGCAGCAGCGCCUGGACGAUGCUGCGCGUGCCAAGCUGGAUCCCUGUGCGCGACCAGCUGAGACACUGAAGCGUGUUUUGGAAGGCGACGCACUUCCCGACAGCGAGAUCCAGACACUGGGGACGCGACAGCCGGCCAUCCGCCUGUUCCUCUCCUCCACGUUCACUGACACGGAGGUGGAGCGCAACGCCUUGAUCGAGGACGUGUAUCCGUACCUCAAGUCCCUCGGACAACGCCUGCGUGUGCAAGUUUACCAGUCCUCCGAGAUGCGCUGGGGCAUUCGUUCUGAGGCCUCUGCCGCCCACGAAACCAGCGAGAGGUGCCAGCAAGAAUCGAGCGGUCUCAUCUAUGUGCUCAUCCUUGCGAACAAGUGUGGCUUCCGCCCCUUUCCCGCCAAGAUCCCUGAGGAGGAGUUCAACCUGCUGAAGGACGAGAUGGCCAAGCAAGCCAAGCAAACUGCGUCCACUGUGACCUCAGCUGCACUCAACAAGGCCAUGGAGUACAUGGACGAGUGGUUCGUCCUCAACGAGAACGUCGUGCCGCCGACCCGCGAGCUCAAGCCCGUGAAGAAGGAGCACUCUGAUGCGUGGUGGUCCGACAUCUUCCCCACGUUGCAGACGUGUCUGCGCCAGGCGGCAACGGGAGCUCCUGGGCUGUCUGAUGAGCGACGCGCCCUGUACGUGCAGAGCGUGACGGCGGAGGAGAUUGACAACGGCCUGUUCAAGGUGCAGCCGAAAGAGGCGCGCGACAAGGCGUGCUUCGUCUUUGACCGGCGCCUGGAGGGCAUCGACGUUGCAUCGGACCCAGACACGGCCAAGCUGUUCAUCGACAUGGCUGGUGGCGAGGUGGACGAGGAGGCGCAGCAGCUGCUGGAGCGAUUGCGUGCAGAGGCGGUGCCGGCUGCGCUGUCACCAUCUCGCAUCAAGACCAUGUCCAUCCCAUGGGGACCAGGCAUCGACCUCGCUCGUACCAACCACGCAGAGUACAUGCGCACCUUUGCCGACGCCUUCUGCGACACGCUGGCCGCGGACAUUGAACGUGUUGCGCGCGAGCACGCGUUUGAGAGCGACGCGGUGGUGGAGGAGGCGGCGGCGCACGCCAUGUUCGGCAACCUGCGGCGUUGUGGGUUCGUGUCUACAACAGCCACUCAGCAAACGGCAGAUGCUGCCCUUGCAUAUGUGCAACAACGCAUCACGAGUGGCAAGGAGGACGCAGCUCCGUUUGCCAUCUGUGGCCCAUCUGGCAGUGGCAAGACCUCACUAAUGGCUCACAUCGCAGGUGUCAUCAAGGAAGCCCACCCAGCUGCCGUUGUGGUGUCGCGGUUCCUGGGCACGUCGCGGGAGAGCGGCGCUGCUCGCACCCUGAUGGCCAACGAGCCAGCAGCAGCGCCAGCAGCCGACUUUGAGAAGCUGACCAAGCAAUUUCAGGCUGCCCUCAAGCUUGGCACGGCUGACAAACCGUUGGUGCUCGUGCUGGACUCGCUUGACCAGCUCUCAGACGAGGACCAGGGCCGCAACCUGGACUGGCUGCCGCUCGCAUCGCUGCCGCCGAACUGUGCCAUCGUUAUCUCCAGUCUGCCGGAUGUGGGCGGAUGCUGGGAGGUGCUUAAGGCCACGCUGCCAGACACCAACCAGCAGCACGUGGCCAAGAUCAGCAAAGAUGACGCAGACGGCAUCCGCAGUGUUGUGCUGGGCGCCUACGAGUCCUGCCCCACACCGCUGUACCUCCGCAUCUGCACGCAGUUCUUUGCGCUUCGCUGGAACCACACGGACGCAAUUGCACCCGACUUCUUCCCCAAGACGGUGGAGGGCUUGAUGGAGAAGGUGUUUGAUGAGCUGGAGACGCGACACGGCAAGGAAACGGUGCGGGCGGCGCUCGGGUACCUCUCUGCCUCGCGCGGCGGACUCAGCGACAACGAGAUGGAGGAUCUGCUGUCCUGCAACGACACCGUCCUGGACGAGAUCUACGAGUGGUGGGUGCCGCCCGUCCGCCGCGUUCCCCCGCUCAUAUGGGCACGCAUCGUGUCUGAUCUGGAGGGCGCGUUGGUGGAGCGUGGCGCUGAGGGCGGCGUUACUGUCCGUGCAUGGUACCAUCGCCAGCACCGCGAGGCAGCAGAGCGACGCUACCUCGGUCUCAACUCGCGCAGUGGUGCUGGUGGUGACACGGGCGAUGAUAGCGACGGUAACGGUGAUGGUGCUGGUGACGUCGCCACCUCCUCGUCCACCACCACUGCCUCCACUUCCACCACCACGGCCCUCUCAGUGCAGCGGCACGGCGAGCUUGCAGACUACUUCAGCGGCAAGUGGGAGCACGGCCGCCACCUGCACGACAAGACAGACGACGCGAGUGCUCUGCGCGACCGCAAAGUGGCCUCCAUGAAGACGGUGCUGGCUGGUCGGCUCGAUGACCCGCGCUCCGGUGUUGUGGUCAACGCACGCAAGGUUGCCGUGCUGCCGUUCCACCUCAUGCACGCGCAGCGGUGGGAGGAGUGCGCGACAACGCUAUGCAACCUCGAGUUCAUUGAGGCCAAGGCAACCGCGGGGAUGGUGCGGCAGCUGGUGGCAGACUUUGAAGACCUGCAGCGCAGUGGUGGUGGUGGUGGUGGUCGUGGUGGUGGCGCACUGGAGAGCCUGCUCAAGAAACACAGUUUCAACGUCUGGACGCGGUUUGUGGCUCACAAUGCCCUCAUCUUCGAGCAGACGCCUGGUGCAGUCAUGGCACGCGCCUCGCUGUAUCCAGACCAGACAGUGGUGUUCAAGGCGGCUGAAACUGUGUUGUCGGCGCCAGGCUGCCGCCUACCACGAGUUCAACAAUACAACAAACCCCAGGAGCUCAACCCACUGGUUUGUGUGCUCGGCUGGGGCGAGCUUAACGGGCUUUGA